AUGAUUCAAGAGGCAAAUGUUGGUGUGGGUAUUGCUGGAGAAGAAGGACGUCAAGCUACGAUGGCUGCAGAUUACGCCUUUGCCCAAUUUAAAUUUUUGGAAAAACUUUUAUUAGUCCAUGGUCGAUGGUCUUAUAUUAGAAUUGCUGAAAUGAUUUCGUGUUUCUUUUACAAGAACGUGGUUUGGACAAUUGCAAUGUUCUGGUAUCAGAUUUGGGCAGGAUUUUCAGCGCAAUAUCUUUAUGAUUAUACGUACAUUUUGCUUUAUAAUCUUGUGUUCACAGCGGUUCCCGUAAUGUUUCUCGGUGCAUUUGAUCAAGACGUUGAUGCUAAAACUUCGUUGAAAUAUCCACAAUUGUAUAAACGUGGUAUCUUGCAAGAAGAUUUUACAAAAUCGAAAUUUUGGCUUUAUGUUUUGGAUGCUAUUUAUCAAUCGAUUGUUUGCUUCUUUGUACCUUUUGGACUAUUUCAAUAUGGUUCUUCGCACGUAACAGGAUUAACAAAUAAUGGAUUAGAUGAUUUAGGUACCUUGGUCGCGGGAGCUGUUGUAGUUACAACGAAUUUAUAUGUUGGGUUAAACAUCAUGAAUUGGUCGUGGUUAGCAUUUGUAGUUAUUUGUAUAAGUAUUCUAUCAUUUUAUAUAUGGGUUGAAUUUUAUUCCAUUUGGGCUUCUAUUGGAUUUUUCCGUAUGGAUCUAAUAUUAUUUUCAGAAAUAGAUUUUUGGUUAGGAAUACUUUUGGCAGCAUUUAUAAGCAUUUUACCACGGUUCACGGUUAAAUACCUUCAUAAAUCGUAUUGGCCCACUGAUACAGAUAUCAUUCGUGAAAAAGUUAAAUUAUCUAAACAAAAGAAGGAUUUAGUGGAACCAGAUGAUGAUAAAAUACCCAUAGCAAGUCCUUUAGGUUUCGAUUCAUUCAAUACAAGUAACGCAACGAUAUCUGACACUUCAUUAAGUGAUCAACCAAUUACAAAGGAACGUGAGGUACCAAAAUUGCAAAAGAUUACAACACUUCAAAAAGGAAGAACUGCAUCCUUAAGAUCAGAAGAACAAUUUUAUCACAUGCAAUCAGGAAAGCGUCAAUCAUUUACAGGAUUUGCAUUUUCUAGCGAAGAAAGUUCAUUUGAAGCAUUUAGAACAUCGGUAUAUCGACCAACACAAGCUCGAACACCCUCACAUCACCGAUCGAAUACCAUAACGACUGUAAAUAACAAUAGAUCAUCACUUUUAUCAACUCAUACUUUAAAUCGCAGUCAAACAUUACCAAGUACUUUAUUUAGUGGGAUCUCCCCAAGUCCUAGUCGAUCAACAUCACCAAAUAGAUCGAUUAGCGAUAAUAGAUCACAGAGAUCCGGUGAUGAUAGACGAUUGAGAGGUGAAGGGGAAGAAGUUGAACUCUCUAUCAUGUCGCCAUCAUCAUCACAUUCAUCAUAG